GAGUUACCAAUGGACUUCAAGACGUCAAUAUAAAAAGUUGAAUAGUUGCACUGAUAUUAUCUCAAUUUGAAAACUUGACAAUAAAUAUAUUUUUAAAUUACAAGUUACGCAAAACAUUUCACCAGAAAAGUAGGCUAUUCUUGGACGCAUUUUAAAAGUGAAAAUUCCAUUUUACUCAAACUUUGCAUAAAAAAUGGAAUCCAUACGAGAUUUGCCGAAGGGACCACUGGACCUUUACAGAAAAAGAGCAAGUUUUAAUUGGAAAUCAUUCAAAGUGCAUUUAGAGGGCGAAGAGUUCGUGCGAUCACAACAAAAAUUAUGGAAUUUUAUUGAGAAAACUCCAGAAUUUGAACAUCCGAAGAAAUCUUUAACUCUAGACGAAAUUCGUAGAAGAUGCUAUCGUCAAGUAAAAGCUUACUCAACAGUUUUUGAAGGAAAAUCCGUGAAGUUUUCAUUCUUAUUGAGUCUUUACGAUGGUUCUUUGCCAUUGGUAAGAGGUCUCAGUAAAGUUACUGUUCCAAACGGAAUUUUGGAUUUAGGCACAGAACGUCAUGCAGAAUUAGCAAAAAAAUUCAUCGACGGCAAAUUUAUAGGAUGUUUGUCCCUAACGGAAAUAGCUCAUGGAACAAAUUUAAAAGGUUUUCAGACUACAGCGACUUAUAAUCCUCAAACGGAAAGUUUUAUUUUAAACACUCCGAAUUUCGAAGCAGCCAAAUGUUGGUCUGCCCUUUUAGGAAAGACUGCAACUCAUGCUCUUCUGUAUGCAAACUUAAUUACUCCAGAUAACGUAAAUCACGGACUUCAUCCAUUCAUUGUUCCAAUUCGAGAUCCACAAACAUUUUUACCUCUACCAGGCACAACUAUUGGAGAUAUGGGCGAGAAAAUUGGCCUCAAUGGAAUUGAUAAUGGUUUCAUGAUGUUCAAAAAUUAUUCUCUUCCACGAGAAAAUCUACUAAAUAAAGUCGCGGAUGUGACAAAGGAGGGGGAAUACAUAACUGUGCUCUCCAACCCAAGCCAACGUUUUAGUGCAUCUUUAAGUCCUUUAUUAUCUGGUCGAAUUGGAAUAAUAUAUAAUAGUACAAUGUACUUGAGGAUCGCUUUAAUAAUUGCGAUACGAUAUUGCGCAUGCAGAAGACAAUUUGGACCUGCUGAGAGUGAAUGGCCAGUCAUCGAAUAUCAAGUUCAGCAAGGAAAAUUGUUUCCUCAUCUAGCAGCUUUAUAUGCCUGGACUAUAUUUAGUUACAAUCUUUCCGAAGCAAUCGAAGCCUCUAACAAAAAAUCGAAAGAUGUAGAAUAUCUUAUUAUUGAAGGAAGUGAAUUACAUGCAUUAUCUUCAGCCGGAAAACCUCUUUCUUCCUGGACUGCAAGAGAUGCUAUUCAAGAUUGUAGGGAAACCUGUGGAGGUCAUGGUUAUCUAAAAGCGUCAAGAUUAGGAAAAAUGAGAGCAGAAAACGAUGCCGGUUGCACCUAUGAAGGAGAAAAUACAGUUUUGAUCCAGCAAACAAGCAAUUGGCUCCUAAACAACUGGGAAGAUUUUUUGAAAGGAAAAAAAGUUGUAUCUCCAUUCGGAACUGCAAAUUUCAUCAAUGAAACAGAAAAUAUUCUCUCUUGGACGUUUAAUUGUUCUACAGUCGAAGAGACUCUCGAGCUCCAAAAUCUUCUUCAGAUGUUUAAGUGGCUAAAUUGUUACUAUCUUAAAAAAACUUACGACAAAGUUCAUAAUCUAAAGAAGAAAGGAAACAGUUCUUUUGAAGUUAAAAAUAAUUCUCAAACAUACUUCGCUCACACGCUGUCCUUAGUUUACGCAGAGCACGCGGUGGUAAAAUCUUUCAUAACUCGGAUUCAAGAUCCAGUCUUUGAAGACUCAGAACGUCAAGUUUUAACAAAAUUGUGUGCAUUAUUUGCUGCCUGGUCCCUUGAAAAAAGACUGGUUGCUUUUUAUGCUGGUGGAUAUGCACUCAAAAAUUCAAACCUUGAGUUUUUUAUUCGAGAUGGUAUAAUUUCGAUUUGCAAGGAUUUAGUAAAUGAAGCAGUCUCUUUGAUUGAUGUCCUCGCACCUCCAGAUUUCGUUGUUAAUUCCCCUCUUGGAAUGUCUGAUGGAGAGAUUUACAAACAUUUGGAGGAAACCUUUUACAAAGACCCAGCAAAUUUCGAACGACCAUCUUGGUGGAGGGAAGUACAUUGCAAAUUAUGAUUGAAUAUAUGUAUCAAAAUAAAACUUUUUAAUUGUGUUAACUAAAAAAU